AUGCCUGGAUUCGAUUUCUCGCUGCACAACCGCAACCUCGCCUUGCACGCACAAGGUGUGCCGCUGCCCAAAGCCACCAGCACCGGAACAACCAUUGUCGGCUGUCUCUACGAUGGCGGCGUCGUCAUCGCCGCAGACACAAGAGCUACCUCAGGCCCUAUCGUCGCCGACAAGGUCAGCAUCUUCUGUCUUUCCUUUCUCACACCUUCAGUACUGACUCCGCGUUUGACAGNNAACUGUGAGAAGUUGCAUUACAUCGCCCCUCAGAUCUGGUGCGCCGGCGCUGGUACCGCUGCCGACACCGAGUUCACCACCGCUCUCAUCUCGUCCAACAUCGAACUGCAUGCCCUAUCUACCGGACGCAAGCCUCGCGUCGCCACCGUUAUGACCAUGCUCAAGCAACAUCUGUUCCGCUACCAAGGCCACAUUGGCGCCUACCUGGUCGUAGCUGGUGUCGACCCCACAGGCAGCCACCUCUUCACCGUCCAUGCCCACGGCAGUACCGACAAGCUUCCAUACGUCACCAUGGGUUCCGGUUCGCUGGCCGCCAUGUCUGUCUUCGAAACUCAAUGGAAGUCAGGCCUCAACAAGGACGAUGCUAUCAAGCUCUGCGCCGACGCCAUCCAAGCUGGUAUCUGGAACGAUCUGGGUUCGGGUUCCAACGUCGACGUCUGUGUCAUUACCGCCGAGAAGACGACAUUGCUGAGAAACUACAUUACCCCCAACAAGCGCGAGCAGAAGAUGAGGAAUUACAAGUUCCAGAGAGGAACCACUGCCGUCCUCAACGAGAAGAUCAUUACUCGCCAGGACAUCAGCAAAUACGUCACAGUGCACGAGCUCAGCGACAACGACGCUGGCCAGGCCGCAGAGAAGAUGGAGGUCGACUCAUAG